GAGCACCAAGUUCCACCAUGUCAAAAAGGAUGUAUCAAAAAUAAAUUCAAUUUAUUCCAGAAAUAUUCACUGCGAUUCAUUGAACGACCUUCCAUCACUUCAACUGCAUUUAAAAGUAUUGAAGCGGAAGUUAUGAAGGAAUUAUACGAAAAAUUUUCCGCCGAGGAAUUCACCAAGAGAUUUGCAUUAGUCGAUUGCCGUUAUCCUUAUGAAUACAACGGCGGACAUCUAAAAUACGCUAUUAAUAUUCAUAAUCGCAAGGAUCUCAUCGACUACUUUUAUCCGAGUGAUCAGGAAAAACUUAACGAAAUGUUGCGGAAAAUCCUAAUAUUUUAUUGCGAAUAUUCAACAAAGCGCGGACCUGAUAUGGCUUUUGCACUGCGCUCUGAAGAUCGCAAUCGAAAUAUAUGGAAGUAUCCUACAGUUGAUUACAAGGAAAUAUAUCUUAUUGAUCGUGGCUAUCAGAAUUUUUAUGAGACUUUUGGGAGCCAAGUUUGUUUUUCGCUUUUAAUUAUCUCAUAUUUAGUGUAA